AUGAGUGAGAAGAUUAAAGUUAAGGUGAAAUGUCAUCAUUCUGGCAUUUUCAAAACCGACGGUGGAGUGUUAAACUACGUUGAUGGAAAAGUUGAAGUAGUAGAGGUGGAUUCUGUUACAAUCUUCGAAGAUGUACUCAUAUAUUUGCUUGAAAAGCAAGUCAAAAACAUUGGGAAAAUGUGGUACAAGCUACCGUUUGAGGAAUUAUCAGAUAGGAUGCCACUGUUCAAAAAUGUUGAUGCUAAUAAGAAGAAGUUGGUUGCAAAAGGACGUUGGAUGGGAGAGAUAGACAUAUUUUUUGAAAAGGCAGACGCAGAUUCACUUGAGGGCACAUUACCUGCGGAAAAGGUGAUAGAAGAUGCAAAAUUAGUUCUUAAGGAUAAUGUGAGUGAAGAUGAAGGUAGUGAUGGCCAGAAAUCAGAUGCUGGAUUAUCUGAAUCAUCAGACUCGGAGGGUGAAGAUGACAUUCGUGAGAAUGAUGCUGAGAUUGUUGAGGAGGACAUACAAGUUUUCAACAAUGAAAAUUACGAGGAACAGAUUCUGGAUGAAGAUGAAGAAUAUCCUGCAACCAAUGAUGAAUCUGGUGAUGAAGAACAACAAGCUGAGAGUGAUUUUAAGAAGAACAUCAUCAAAUAUAUCUUGAAAACGAGGCGUAAUGUUGUUUACUCGAGGUGGGAGAAGAAGAAGCUCGAGGCUAAAUGUAAAGGAAAAGGGUGUCAUUGGGAAAUUUAUUGUUCAGUGGAGAAUCCUAUUGGGAAGUGGAUGGUGAAGCGUUAUCAUAAUGAACAUCUAUGUCAUCCAACAGGAAGGUGUGAGCUUAUAAAGACUCCUAUAAUUGCUGAUCUCUUCUUGGAAGAUAUUAGAAGAGAUCCAGAGAUGAGUGGUCCAGAGAUAAAAGAUGAAAUGAAGAGAAGAUACAACAUUAUUAUCUCACCAAACCAGACUAAAGUUGCUAGAAGACGGAUAUUUGAUAGGCUCCAAGCAGAAUGUGAUGAGCAGUUUUCAAGGUUAAGAGACUAUGAGUUGCAGCUUUGUAAAACGAAUGAUGGUACUACUGUGGAGAUUAAUACAACAACAAGGGAUGAUGGUAGUGAAGCAUUCUCACAAAUGUACAUUUUCUUUGAGGCUUUGAGAAGUGCUUGGAAGCAGAACUGCAGACCAAUCAUUGGUCUGGAUGCGACGUUCUUGAAGCACUCUAUGAAAGGACAGAUGCUUACUGCUGUUGGAAGGGAUCCGAACAACCAGAUUUUUCCAAUAGCUUGGGCUGUGGUGGAUUGUGAGAACAAUCCCAACUGGGAAUGGUUUGUUCGUAAGCUAAAGGAAGACCUUGGGUUGGGGUUAGGUGAGAACAUCACUCUUAUAUCUGACAUGCACAAAGGAUUGAUUCAUGGUGUUGCGACUGAAUUACCAAUGGCAGAGCAUCGAGCUUGUGCUAGGCACAUUUACUCAAACUUGAAAAAAUUUCACAAGGAAAAUAUGUUGAAGCCACUAUUCUAG